CACACACACACACAGAUGUCUCUCCAGCUGCAGGAUGGUCCGAACAAUGUAGUGUUCAGUGUGACCACUCAGUACCAGGGAACCUCUCGCUGUCAGGGAACCAUCUACCUCUGGAACUGGGACGACAAGAUAAUUAUCUCCGACAUAGAUGGAACCAUCACCAGGUCAGACACAUUAGGUCACAUCCUGCCCACGCUGGGGAAAGACUGGACCCACCAGGGCAUCGCACACCUCUACCACAAAGUCAGCGAAAAUGGCUACAAGUUCCUGUACUGCUCAGCACGAGCCAUCGGCAUGGCUGACAUGACCAGAGGUUACCUUCACUGGGUCAAUGAGAGAGGCACCAUGCUUCCUGUCGGCCCCGUUCUUCUGAGCCCCAGCAGCCUGUUCUCCGCUCUGCACAGGGAGGUGAUUGAGAAGAAACCAGAGAAGUUCAAGAUUCAGUGUCUCAAUGAUAUCAAGAACCUCUUCUACCCCAACACACAGCCUUUCUAUGCAGCUUUUGGCAACAGACCAACGGAUGUAUACUCCUACAAAGAAGUAGGAGUACCACUCAACAGGAUUUUUACAGUUAAUCCCAAAGGCGAGCUGGUGCAGGAGCACGCCAAGACCAACAUCUCCUCCUACGCACGUCUCGGUGAGGUGGUGGACCACGUGUUCCCCCUGAAGAUGCGCACCUCUUCCUCGGACUUCCCCUGCUCGGACACCUACAGCCAAUUCACGUACUGGAGGAAUCAGCUCCCCCGGGUGGAUCCUCAGGGUACGACACCCCCACAGGGUCCCGGCCCCCACAGCUGACCGCCUGAGGCCUGCUGAGCGACUUCUUGGCGGGCGGAGUGGAGAGUGAUGGUUAUGUGUGUGUGAUAUGGAUUUGUUUUGUAGAUUUUUAUGACAGAGGGAGAACUUUAACAGUGCACAGUGGAGCAUCUGAGUAGUCGGCCAUUUGGCUGUGAAUAGUCUUACAAUGCACAAUAUGGACGUCAGCGCACUUUGAUGAAAAGAUGGCCUCCGGUGUCAUCUGUAUGUAUAUGAGAAAUAAUCAUAAUUUAUUCAGGCAGCUUAGCACAUAUUAUUUUGGAGUGAUUGUUGAUUAUUUCAGUAGAUGAACUUUCUAUUUAUGCAUAAAUACUUAACAAUAAGCGCUUCAUCCAUACUUUAGAAAGCAAGUUAUCAAAACAUGUAGAAUUUAUUUUCUUACUUGAAACUGUUAAUGUAUGAUAGAUACAUGCAAGCUGGUUUUACAUUAUAGAAAUAUAUACAGCAUGUGUUAUUCAGUUUGAAAUGAAUCAGUAUUAGUUAUUUAGGACGUCACAAAGUAUUACAGCGCACAAUGUACUGUAUGGAGAAGCAUCUAUGUAGCCGACAAAAGGUUUGUUAUAAAGAUGGUUUAAGUGAAUAUGUAUUGUUGAGACAAUGCUGAUAAAACAACAAAGCACAAUAUUUUAAAGGUCACAGCCAUGACAUUUCUCUGUAUCUGCAGGAGGAGCUAAAUCAUGUGGUUUUGUUGAGAAUGUCAUUUCCAUGGCAGCCUUCGUUAAGUGUCUUUCAAUUUAUUUAUACGCAAACACACUGAUCAGCUCUAAUGUGUUUUCCACUUUUUUUUAACAAAUGACACGAUGUGCAACCGACUGACGUUAAAAUGUUGCCCCCUAUUGGUUCUUUUACUGUAUUGUUACUGCCAUUCCUUGUAGAAUAGGACUCAAAGCAAACCUGACUCUGGAAAUCCUCAUCGGACUCAACCCAGUGUAGAGAGGACAGCAGGCCGUGGGAUAAAAGUUACAGACAUAGGAAGAAGAACGCUUAUUUCUUUCAACACCACACACAAUAUGAGGUCAUUACUGUGAGCCGCUGUCGCCAUGUCCUGUAUCACUGACCUGAUCGUCACAGUGGCUGCGAGUAAACCUGUAGUUUAUGAGUUUGUAUAUAAUGCUUUGAUAUGCUGAUAUUAUUCUUUCUAUGAAAGAGCUAAAAAUAGCCUCAAAGUGUUUCAUUUUUUGCCUUAACUGUGAACAGGAUCAGUCAUUUGCUCAUUUACUCUAUCGACCAGUUCACUGUUAAAAUCUGUGUAAUCAAACUCAAUAAAAAUGCCC